AUGCUUGACAAAUUACUGGAAUUGUUCUUGGAUGUAACAAGUAAAGUUUCUAAGGGGGAGCCAGUGAAUGUGGCUUUCAAAAUUGAGCACUUAAGCCCACUGCAGAAGAUUUUCAAUGGUGUCCUAAACUAUUGUUUCUUUCUGCGUAGAGGCCAUGCAGCAUACAGCUCUGCUGUGAACUUGCUUGAAAACAACACCACUGUGGGAGCCACCUAUUUCAUGACAUUCCACACAGUACUGAAAACAUCAGCUGACUUCAUUGCUGCUGCCAAGAAUGCACGGAGUCUGGCAGAAAACAUAACAGAAGCCAUGGGCAUUUCUGACAAAGGCUAUCGUGUCUUCCCAUAUAGUGUGUUUUAUGUAUUUUAUGAACAAUAUUUCACAAUAGUGAAAGACACUAUUUUCAACAUUUGCAUGUCACUGGGAGCAGUAUUCAUUGUGACUACAAUCCUGCUGGGCUGUGAAGUUUGGUCUGCCAUGAUGGUCUGCAUCACCAUUUCUAUGAUCAUAACCAACAUGUUUGGAGUUAUGUGGUUGUGGAACAUCAGUCUUAAUGCAGUCUCAUUGGUAAACCUGGUUAUGUGCUGUGGUAUUUCAGUUGAGUUCUGUAGCCAUAUUGUUCGAGCAUUUUCAGUCAGUCUCAAGCAAACCAGAGUGCAGCGUGCUGAGGAAGCAUUGGCAAAUAUGGGCAGUUCUGUGUUUAGUGGCAUUACCCUGACUAAGUUUGGAGGUAUUGUGGUCCUGGCAUUCGCCAAAUCCCAGAUUUUCCAGAUCUUCUACUUCAGGAUGUACUUGGCAAUAGUGCUUUUGGGAGCUGCUCAUGGUCUCGUAUUCCUUCCAGUCUUGCUGAGUUACAUAGGGCCAACAAUGAACAAAGGGAAAGUUUAUGCUCUGCAAAACCAUUACAAGAACACUGAAAAGGAGCACCUGCUAAAGUAAAUCAGAGCUUUUGCAAAAAGGACUGACAGAUCCUAAAUGAAGUAUUUUGAACUAUUUGCAGUUUAAUGCAGAUUGUUACUUUGAACUCAGGAAAUUGUAAGUUAGCAGAAAUAUUUAUUUCAAGUUCAUUGGAUUGGUAACUUAACAGAUUAAUGAAUCGAAGGCUACAAAUUGCAUUUUUCUGGUUGACCACUUGACACUGAAGUGACUUUUUUAAUACAUGCUAAAAUUGUGGAUAAUUUUAUGGCCUUUUUAUAAUGCAUAUUUAAUAAAGUUUCGGUGUCCAGAGUUCA